AUGUCGUCGGUCGCGCUUCUCAUGCUCGGGAUCUUAGUGGUCACGUGGAGCAGCGAGGGAGAACGUCUGUCGCGACUGCAGGUGGGAGGGGAAGGGAUGAGUUACCUGACGGUAGACGACAACGACUACAAGAGAGACGUUCAGCGAGGAGUGCUCGAGAAGCAUGCGGGCUUUCCAGACUUACCUCAGUGCCCGACAGAAGGUUUGUGGGGCAGGUAUAGAGCUGGUUACGCUCCUGGGCAGGCAGGAGGCAAUUGCCAAGACGUUUCUCUUAGCUCGCACGGCGUGAGCGCAGACAAGCUGCGACCGAAACUCGGCUUCAAUGUGAAGACUUGGGACAACCUGUGGAAGGAGGACCUGAAGGGUCUCAAGAGACGACAAGAAUACGCAAAACUGACCAAGGGGUUGUGGGCCGGGGUGGCUCCGGACGCAGCCUUAGCUUACUAUCUACCUAACGAGUACAAGGGAUCGCUUGCCGCCUACUAUCAAAGUCCGCAGGGCGAGAGGAGCGCGACAGAGAACCAGGCUCACUCUAACUCGAUCGUUCCUGUGCCUGGGCACAAGGACAAUUACUACACCUCCGACUUUCACUCGGGUCAAGCCGCGCCCUUCAGCGCUGAGGUCAAGCGAAGCUACGGAAACGCGCCAGGAACGUCGCAGACGAAUGGGCUCAGCCCGAUGACUCAAGGGCUGUAUGCGGGCAAGCGACUGGUAACGACGGCAGACCAGGCGAGCUCAGUGUCGCAGUCACUGCGGGCCAUCAACAAUCGGCUGCGAACUUCCAUAGCAAAGAUGCAGCGCUGGCAAGGGAGAGAACAGAGUUUAGCAAGUUCGCUCAACAAGUUGAACCAGCAAGAGCGACAGCAGCUGCUUCAGAAGGAGGGAGCUUCGUUGUUGCCUUCCUCCUCCAAGGUCUCUCAGUCAUCUCCAAGGGCAGCUCAGGGAGGCCAUGCUGGCACAUCAGCGGAUGACAGCAUGAAGCAGGUCAAUGUGGCGAUGUUGGCGAGCGCUGCUUCGACUUUCUCUGCCUCACCGUCAACGAUCAUUCGAAUAAGUACUGCUGGAGAGGAUGGAGCCUCCGACAAGGUGCGUGAGAAGCUGCGUCGAUUCCGAUUGCUCCGGCGAAAGUUUCACAAGUGGAAGAAGUACUUUGGCGCAGACAAGGACAUGGACAAGAGCUCUUCAGCUGUGAGGUCGGCGAAGGCGCGAGGGAAGCGCGAAGCUUACUUCUGGUGCUACUCCCACUACGGAGACUACGAGCCCGACGAGCUGCAGGGCUCCUUCCCCGAGCUAGAGGAGUGCAUGCACAUCCUUGGAGGAUAUUCGUGGGGCCCUCGUGAAGGAGGCGACGAAGCUGCGGCAUACGGCGAUGCGUCGGAGCCUCGGCCGGGGAUCAGUAACUCGUUGAAGCCGAGAAGAGGCUUCGGGGAUGGGCCGGUGGUGGCGCUGAACCCAGACGCAGCUAGCUGGAAGUACUUCGAGAGCGACGAGGAGGGGAAGGAGGGGAAGGGAGGCGCGUCGACAAGAUGA